GUACCAAUGCAUUUACAAUACCAUUCAAUCAUUCUUGUAUUCUCUAUUCUCCUACAAGCUGUCUUUGUUGAUGCUGCUAGAAAGUGUACUGAUGUCAUGACAGAUUUUACCAAGGGACAUGAAGGUUGGACAGAGCUCAGUGGUUCCAAAGAGGGUUGGUCGUUCACAAGUCAAGGUCUUAAGAUGGAUCUGAUUCCACCUGAGGACCCUCAGCCCAGCAAGGAUAAGUCUGAAGGCGGAUUACCCUAUAACAAGAAUACAUCGCCUUCUUCUCCCAGCUUUCAAUAUAAGGAUUUGGUCCAAUAUGGCCGUAUUACUUUUGAAUUGAAGACUGCUAAGGCUGCUGGUGCCAUCACGGCUGCUAUCUUGAUGGCUCCCGGAAAGGAUGAAAUUGAUUUUGAAAUGCUAGGAGGUGAACCUGACAAAGUCCAGACCAACUACUUUUAUGGCAAGAAUAUUGUCUAUGGCGUGAACGGUGGCAACCAUGACGUUGAAGAUACAACCACAGGCUUUCACAAGUACACUAUUGAUUGGAAUGCUGAAAGAAUCAUAUACUUGUUUGACGGCAAAGUGAUUCGUACUGUAGAGCGAAAGAGCACGUGUAAGAGAGCCGUUUGUGAAUACCCGACUGAAGCAUCCCAUGUUCAAGUGGGUAUCUGGGAUGCUAGUAAACCUGCUAGUACAGCUGAAUGGGCCAAGGGCCCUAUUGAUUGGAAGAAGUAUAAGAGCAAACCCAUUUCUGCUAUUAUUAAAUCAGUCAAGAUCGAGUGUAACUCUAAAUAGAAUAGAAGGAGUUUUUUUUUUUAUGUAUUUGACCAAUAAAUAUAAUAAAUCAUUGAAUAAUCAAACAGUUUCU